AACAAGCUGUUGGAUUUGACCGAUUCUACAUGCAGUUCGAGGACCCGGACAGCUUCAAGGAACAUGUACGACGGGAACACAACACACAACCUCAUAGGUUGCUCUGUACAGACUGCAGCAAGCGUCACAUCAAGAAGGAUAAUUUGUGUGUGUACAAGAUUAAGAAGCUCCGCUGUCGAGAUUGUAGUAAGCGCCGUCUGAGUGAACAGGGUCUGUGGAGUCACAGACGUCUCCAUCAGAAAGGCCGUGUUUACCCAUGUAAGUUCUGCCUCAAGCCAUUCAGGACCAAACAGGACAAGCUUACCCACGAGGAGAACCAUCGGCAUCCGUAUCAUUGCUCAGAAUGCUCAGAAAGAUUCAAGAACAUUAGACUACGGAACAGACACCUUCAGAGCCACAGAGGUCCAACGACAGCCGUCCACAGUGGCCAGAAGCCCCACAAGUGCCAGCUGUGCCGACGCUCGUAUGCCCAGCCGAGCCACCUCAAGUCCCACAUGCGCCUCCACACAGGGGAGAGGCCCUUCAAGUGCAAGCAGUGUGAGAAGUGCUUCAAUUACAGCGUCAGUCUGAAGAACCACAUCCAACUCUAUCAUGGCCCCGGCUCUCAGGAGCAGGAGAGUUGGGAGACAAACUGUGGGACGGAGCAGGAGAGAGAGCAGGAGAGAGAGCAGGAGAGAGAGGAGGAGAGAGAGCAGGAGAGAGAGCGCAAGCGUCACUUUAAGAAGGAUAAUUUGUGUGUGUACAAGAUCAAGAAGCUCUGCUGUCUAGACUGUGGUAAACGCUGUCUGAGUGAACAGGGUCUGAAGUGUCACAGACAUCUCCACCAGAAAGGCAGUGUUUACCCAUGUAAGUUCUGCCUCGUGCCAUUCAAAACCAAACAGGACAAGCUUACCCACGAGGAGAACCAUCGGCAUCCUUAUCAGUGCUCGGAAUGCUCAGAAAGAUUCAAGAACAUUAAUCUACGGGACAGACACCUUCAGAGCCACAGAGGUCCAAAGAGAUACAUUUGUGACAUCUGCGACAAACGUUUCUUCCAGCUUAAACACCUCCAGAAACAUACAGCCGUCCACAGUAGGCAGAGACCCCACACGUGCCAGCUGUGCCAACGCUCGUUCACUGAAAAGAGACACCUCAGAGCCCACAUGCGCUCCAAGUGCCAGCAGUGUGAGAAGUGUUUCAAUCGCAUAGUCCAUCUGAAGAUCCACAUCCAACGGCAUCAUGGCCCCGGCUCUCAGAAGCAGGGAAAGAGAGAAAAGGAGGGGGAGAGUCAGGAACUAAACUCUAGUACUGAGCAGGAGAGAGAGUAGGAGGGGAAGAGUCAGGAACUAAACUCUAGUACUGAGCAGGAGAGAGAGUAGGAGGGGGAGAGUCAAGAACUAGACUCUAGUACUGAGCAGGAGAGAGA